UUAUUGCCUGAAAUUAAUUGGAGAUCAUUUCCGGCUUGGGAAGCACCUGGUUGGUUUGAAGUGACAUCGAGAAGAUCUUCUAACGACAAGAAAAGGGCUGAGAGGAAAGUCAGAGCAGAUUAUUCAACCUCAAACAAGACUUUCAAACCAAGUGACCAUGGUGUUAUGGCUGGGACUUUUUCUUCCUCUUGUAGGGGUUGUGGCGCUUGCAAUAUUUCUUAUCUGGGCUGUUGUUGUGACAUUAUACUUUGCAUCUCCCCAUGUCUUGAGCCACGUCAUACACAGGUGUGAAAAAAAUGCUAAUUGUAGAAACUGUUUAUAAAAGUGCGCCGCAUUUUGAUCAGCUAUCAUUAUCACUUACUUUCUUAUUCACGCUAGCUUUACCUCUGUAUGUACAGAAAUUCGAAGAGAGAUCUUGUAGUUCUCAUAAUACGCCCUUAGAAGGCUGGGUGUGAACGUUUGUUAACUUUCGUUUUUAAACUUCAAAGAAUCUGCAAAAUGCGAUAGAAUCUGAUGAUUUGACGAUUUAUUGUUUCAUUCGUUGACUAAAUUAAUACACACGCAUAUUACCAAAGGGAUUCUGUUUCUGUGUUUGCUGUACUUCGCAGUUGUCACGUAUAUUUCUUACUCCAUCGCGUGAUUACAAGCCAAUUUUCAGGUCUUAGUUUAGGAUUUCAGUGUAUUUCUUGAUAUCGAAACAAACAAAGUGUUUAUGUUGGCAUAUUCUGAAAGGAAAAUUGUGAUAAAAGUGAAUUUGAUAAAUACUGUUUGUAUGUGGUACUUCGGAAGUAAUAUGAUUUACUUUGUCCUAGAUUAGUGUUCCUUAGUGUUGCUUACGGAUAACCUUCCUUUCUUAAUUUGAAUUUUGGACAAUUCUUAGAAAUAACCUUUAGUUUGCUUUCAUAUCAAAUUUAAACACAAUUCUUUUCAAUUUUGGUGACUGAACGUCAAAGUUUGGACGCCAAAAAACAUGUAGAAUUCGAUAAAUUUAUAUGAAUUCAAGACUAUGACCUCAUCUUCUGACAUCUAAGACAGAAUUAAACAUGUUUUAUCUUGAAACAAAACUAAACUUCUGAAAUUCAUUGAAAACUGACCAAGUCACUCAAAGAUUGGAAACAAAUCUUUUGGUUACAAGAAAAGAGAUGGCAAUCUUGAGAUGUUUUUUAGAAUGUUAGUAUUUUUUUUAAAAAACUUUAAGUUAAAAGAUAGCACAACAAGUCGUGGGGUUCUUUUAAACAUUCAUUACAUUGUUCUGUUAAUAUCAGGAUUAGUUUGUCUCAGCAUGGGUUAAAAUUGUUGUUUUAUUACUACCUGUCAUGAUUGGCUCUUAAUUUUCCUUGAUUUGGUUAAUUUUUCAAUGCCCAUGCAGUUUACUUAUUAUAAAUAGAGUAAAAUCAGUCCCCCAAAGAAUGUUCCUGAUUGUUUUCUUGAGUCUCAAUUCAGCAAAAUGAACUUCAUAAGGAAGCUCUAGCUGAAGAAAUUUCUAAAAAGGAACAGGCUUCCUUUUCUGCAAUUUAAUCAAUUGAAGUUCAACAGUAAGGAUUAUCUAAUGAUUUUUCAUCAGGUCAAAAUAUGAUUUAUUUCAUCUAAUUGCAUUUCUUCUGUCCCCUUAACCUUUUCCCUUCCCAGAUCUCUGCCCAUUUUUUUACCCAUUUAACAAAUCACUGAUCUUGUUUCCAGGUUAACAAUAUUUAGAGGAGGGUUUACCUUGAAGUAUGUGUCAGUGGGAGACUUCACAUUUAGCUACGUUGAGAGAGGGAAAAGUGAAAAGGCAGAAAAUGUCAUUCUGAUGGUUCAUGGUUUUACAGGAGAUAAAGGUAUUUGGUGUCUUAUGGGAAAAGCCAUACCUAAGACAUUUCAUCUGGUAGCGGUAGAUCUUCCAGGACAUGGGUAUACUACCCGAAAACACCAUGAUGAUCAUUCUAUUCCAGCUCAAGUUGCCAAACUUCAUCAGGUACAUAUGAAAUAAUUCUUUCAAACAAGCCAGUAAAGUUUAUGCAUAGCAAUUCAAGUUCUAGUUUUACAAUCAAAUGUAAUAAUCAGAUUUUUCUGCUUUACUAUCCUUGCCAUUAUUGUUCAGUUGUGAGCUCUCUGCUCUCCAGCUUCACUCCACUGAAUGUACUAAUGUGCCUUCGAUGUACCCUCCCACCAAAAUUCAAUUAAACCAUAGUCACCUGGUGAAUGUCAACUUGGGGUCUUAACAUAAUUAUUCAAGUAUUACACAUAGAUACCAGUACUUAAACAAUCAGAUGAGAACCUUCAAGAACUUGCUGGUCUUUCUCUACCUUUAAACUAUGCUUUGGGCUUCUCACUUCUAUUAUUUAGAGGUCUAAUAUGCUCUUUGCAACAUUGAAAUAAAUUAUAUAGAGAGCUGCUUACUUACUGGUGGGUUAUAAUGUUUCUUUUCAGUUUGUGUUGGCUGUUGGACUGGAUAAGAAGAAGUUUCAUUUAGUUGGUUUGUCCAUGGGCGGCUUUGUGGCUGGUGUGUUUGCAUCACAGUACUCAUCUUUGCUAUCAUCCUUGGUCCUUAUGUGUCCUGCAGGCAUAAAUGCACCAAAAAUGAGUGAUUUCAUCAAUAACAUUGCCAAUGGUGGAAAGAACUAUUUGCUGCCUGACAAUCCUCAGGAUUUUCAGUACAUGAUAAAGAAAGUGUCUCAUCGGAAAAUUUUCAUUCCUUUCUUCAUUGCCAAAAUCAUGUGUGCAGCUAGGAGUCAAUCAAAUUCUUUCUAUGAAAAAGGUAACUCUGAUAACUAUUUUGAGAAUUUAAAAAAGAGUUGCAGUGGUAUAUUUAGGUUCCCUUCAACCCUUUACACCCAAAUGUCAAUAUGUAUAUUCCCCAUACUAUUUUCCAUACAUUUCUUAACCCUUUAACUCCCAGAACUGAUUAACAUGUAACUUCUCCCAAUAAUUUAUAAACAUUUUCCAGCAAAUCAAGGGGUGUGAAUAUUCAAACCUAUCAGGUAGAAGUUGUCAUCCCAAUUGAACACCAAACUCUUGUAACUAGUUUAUGAGGAAAUGUGUAGCAGCCAGAGGGGAAAAUUAACAACUAGAUCUCUGGAGUUAAAGGAUAAAGAUACAAACAAAGAGCAUUUGUUUAACAAUCAAGAGCUUCUUUGGUUGGUAAUCAUUCUUUAUUUCAUGUAAUCUUAAUGUGUGAUUGAGGGGUUAUAUGUCCUGUAGAAAUGAGAUGCUUGUCACCAUUAGGAGUAACAGUGUUACAAGCUGGACAUGUGCAAAGAGAAUGGCUUCUUCUUAAAAUUGGAGUGCUCUGAGUGCCAUGCUUUUGCUGUUGCUAUGUGCAUGCUGCAGUGACUGUGUUAUUCCUUUCAUCACUGAGUUAUUUGCAACACAAGUGAAAUAACUAACAAGUACAUUCCACGUUCUCUUGCGUCUGUUUAGUAGCAGAUCACAAAUGACAUGAAAAUGUGGUAAGAACAUUUAAGUGGCACAUGAGGUGCAGUGCAGUGUGUCACUGAUAUUCUUAGCACAAUUUGAUAUCUUCUGGGAUCUACUACACACAGACUCAUCUAAACAUGAAAUAUAUUUGUUUUAUCUGAUAGUGACAUUAUCAAUGCAUCUGCCCAAGAGAUCAUAGAUAAGAACCAAUCAAAAUACAAGUAUUACUCCAUGAAAUUCAGCCCAUAUAAUUAAUAUUAGAUACUGGUGUCAACUAUGAUUAGUAAAUUAAGGUUGCUAUAAGUUGUUAUUCACAAUUUUUAUCACAUACAGAAAUACAUUUUUAAAAGGAACCUCAUUUCUUUUAUCAUCUUCCUCUCCCUCUUCUUAACCUUGUAAACCCUAAGAGUGACCAGCAUCUGGUUUCUCCUUACAAUAAUACUGCUGAAUCACUCAUUUAAGAUCAUAAGAAUAAAGGAAUGAUCAACAACUAAAGAAGCUCUUGAUUGUCACACAAAUUCUCCUUGUCAGCACCUUAGGAAAUGUUUAGAUAAAAGUAUGGAGAAUAUGCACACUGAUGUUAGGCUGUAAAGGGUUAAAUACAGAAAACCACAACAUUUACCAAAUAUGCAUAUAGGAUAACAUUGGACAUAUUGGGUAUAAUUUUUUUUCACUUUUUGUUCUUAUUUUACAGUUUUGACUGAAAUAGUUCGGCCUGACCAAAGAUAUCUUCUACAGGAUGUUCUGGAGAACAUUGAUGUUCCGACCCUUACGAUGUGGGGCAGUAAUGACCUGGUCAGUAACAAAUUAGCGCAACACAGUCACUAAAUAAAUCAUUUCAAUUCAGCCACUAGAUGGCCGUCGGAGGACAUUUCAAAAGCGAUUUGUGGGUACUUAUGGCUAAUAAUUUAGAACAUGUACAAACCUACAGCAUCUUGACCUUUUCGCAAUGUGUCAUUUUCACAUUUGACACACUAGAUUUUGCGGGUGAAGGUUUUUCUGUAAGGCUGGGAAAGGUUUUACUCAUGACAUUUUUGUGGAAAUGAAAACGAUAACGACUAGAACGAUAUUUUAGAGGUAUCAUUUAAGAGAAUUGCAGCCGAGAAUACCUUUUUAAAUUACCUUCUGUAGUGCGAUUUACCGAUGGAGAUCGUCUGUGUGUGCUAAGCCGGAAAAUUCCCUUUAGCUCACUAUGUGCAGCUUACACUCGCUGACAAAGAAGUUAAGAAAUAAUUGCUCUGCCGUCACCAUUGCUUACUAACGAGUCGCAACUGUGUCACUGGUGAUCAAUGUUAUAAAUCACAGUCGGUGUUUCUCCUCGGAGACCCAUUAGUAUCUGUCCACUGAGAGUAUCGCGGGAAUUUUCUCGGUGUCUGUUUUAAAGUUUCUACAAUAAACCCCUUUUUAAGUUCUAACUUUAGCACGAAUGAAUUUAAAUGAUCAAAGUACAGAAGGCAGUGUUGAUACAGUUUAUCGUGAUGUGACUCUUCUUUCUUAGCCUGCUCUCCCUUACACUUCAGGUCUCGAACAAUGGGUGCGCGACUUUUCUCCCAACUUAUCGCAGAAAGAGAAGCGUUACUUAUUAGCUAUCUCGUUUGAUAUUUAACUAAUUUUUGGAAAUAUUUAAAUGAAGAUAGUUUUGUUUUGUGGUGUUGUACUUAACUUUAUUUUUAUUUCCCGUUUUUAAUAUUGUUGUUUAUUUCAUAACAACUCGAAACUCGCAUUCAGCUAACGCCGAGGUACCCAGCAAAGAGCAGUUUUUGUUUUAGUGUCGAAAGUAAUCAUCUCUUGACCCCGCUCUAUGAUUGGCUGAAAGCUUGGUCAGUCCAACCACUCAAAAAAUCAGUUGUGAACCUUCAACCAAUCGCUGGCCUUUCUCUUCCUUUUACUCGCAUCUCUCGGGCUUCUCACUUCUAUUACCUAGAGAUUUAGAGUGCUGAUUGACUGUUUUGAAUAAUUUUGUUGUUACAAAAUUCAAUCAGAACUGAUUUGUGCACCGAUGAAUUUGUGAUCCAAAGAUGUAAGAAUUAAUUGCACAUUCUGCGAUUCUUUCAAUUGACGUUUUGGCUAAGGAUGGAUGAAAAUAUUUUAUUCUUCAGAUCCUUGAUGUGUCUGCAGUGGAUAUCAUCAGAGAAAAAGUAAAGAACUGUCAGGUUGAGAUAAUGAGCAGUUGUGGUCAUGCCAUUACUUUGGAAAGACCAUGGAAAUCAGCGAAAUUGAUUUUGAAGUUUAUCAAUUCACUUCCUAAAACUGAAAGGUGAAAUAGGAGGAAAAGAUUGAGGUUCGGGUCAGUCGGAUAGUGUUUGAAUAGGGAGAAAUGGAACAACCUCGGCAGAAGAAAAUGGGAAGCAGCCGAAUUUUCAAAAUGUCUUAACAUAUCGGAUUAUCGCGUUGCUCUGUAGAAAUUGAGUUUCUAUGUAAUUAUUUCAAUUCUAAAUGUGUAGAAGGUAUUUUUAGUUUUAAUUAUCCUAUGGUGAAAGUAAUGAAUUAAGUGUUGAACUUUUCUUCUAUGGGCUACUUUAAAGAUUGUAAAUUACCACCUAACUUAGCCCCACGAUUGCUUGGUAAUUUAGACCGAGAAGAAUUAAAUAUUUAUUAGACGAAUUUAAUGGGGCUUGCCAUUUGAAAGUAAAACAUCACGAUAUAAGUAUUAUUCAGGAAACCGAGUUGUUUCAGAUUGACACCCAUCAUUAGCAUUCCCCCGUCCAAUGACUAGUAGGAGUUCAAGAUCUUUGCUGCUGUUUAAGGAACUUUUGUGGUGUUGUACCAUGCCGUGAUAUUUAAUGUAAUUUCGUAUAGUGUUUUAUAAAAUAAUUCAAAUAGUACGCGCGCUCUGAUUGGCCAUAAAACCAUUUUACAUGAGCGUAUGUAAACACGGUUUUCAUUCCUCUUUCAUU